AUGGAAUUUAACAAAGAUGAGGCGGCUAUGGCUAGAGAGAUCGCAAAGUCAAAAAUUUUAGUGAAUGAUUUAAUGGGGGCGAUGAGGUUCGCCAUGAAGGCUCAGCGUAUGUAUCCCGAACUGGAGGGAAUCGCUCAGAUGGUGGCCACAUUCAAUGUUCUUCUAUCUGCCAAGAACAUAAAGCAUGGAGAGCCAGAUUACUAUGGGGUUCUUGGGGUGAGUCCUAAAGCUGACGACGAGACAGUUAGGACAAGUUACGAGAAGUUGUCUGUUUUGAUUCAUCCUGACGGGAACCAGACGGUAGGUGCAGAGGAAGCCUUUCAGUUUCUCGCUCAGGCUUGGGUUGUGUUCUCUGACAAGGGAAAGAGAGCUGAGUAUGACUUGAAGAGGCUCAAAAGAAGAGGUGCUUCGUCUUCAUCAUCACCAAAGCCUCCAAACAAGGCUGCUCAGAGAGUUGUGGACACAAGUGUUAACACAACAAGUGUUAACACAACAAGUAUUAUACGGGCGAGUGAAGCGUAUACAUCUGCAUCUGCUGCUGCUUCUGUGGCUCGUAAUACAACUGCUGGUGGUCGUGCAACGUUUUGGACUGGUUGCGUCACUUGCAAGACACAAUACGAGUACCAUCGUAUUUACAUUACGCAGACCCUCAUGUGUCCCUACUGUAGUAAGCCUUUCAAAGCUGCGGAAACGGAUCCUCCAGGUUCAAGCUCCAUCCGCAAGGCCUUUAAUGAGCUCGAGUUUGACUCUUUCCGUCGUGGCACGAGCACUCCUACUCAUGCUCCUCCACAGACCGGGGCACCAAAAGACGAGGUUGUGCCUAGAAUGUUUAACAAAAGAGCGGUUAGUGUUUCGUUGAGUAAUGCUUCCAAGAGAACAAAGGCUACGUCCAACACUGUCAAAGACUUAUCAAAGGAGGAUAUAAAGACUCUUCUGGUGAAGAAAGUUAAACCACUAAUCAGCACAAAGCUUCAAGAACUAGUAAUUGAAGCUGAAGUUGACGCAAUGCUGGCUUGA